AUGGAUGUAUUCUUGGCUCGCCUCACACAGCAGGCGAUGAACUAUGCCAUUCGAUCUGGCAUUGCCAUCACCGCUAGUUAUGCUAUCCGCCAAUCUUCGAGGUUGCUGCAGAAUGCCGAGAAGAGUGAAGAGAGAGAUGAGUUACUUGCACUGCAACAGCGGCUGCAGAACAAGAUCCAGGUCAUUUCACCGGCGAUCGACAUGAUCGAGCUGAUUGCUGCACGAGGCAAUACGUCUUUAGAGUCUGCAGUCGUCCUCACAAAGUCUCUCCGGGUUGAGAUUCAGUCACUGGGCCAGCGGCUUGCUAUUGCUGCCCAAUCUGAAGAGCAAAGUCGAAAAGGAGCGAAAUCUCCCCGUGAUCGUUCAAGAAGCAAGGAGCUGAUUAGGCUUAUUAUACAAGAUAUCAAGAAGCUUCUAGUUCGCAUAGAAGAUGCAGUUCCCCUCAUGAACCUAGCAAUCACCACUUCCGGGGCGAAGCUAUCAACUAACCUACCUCAAACGAUAUCACCCUCGCGAUUGCUUCAGGCGAGCACGUUCCUCACUGCUGGCGACACGCAAUACUUCUUCUCCCCAACACAAGCUGUCCAAAUCGGUCCCACUUUCACUCUGUCUAUGUACAUGCUUUUCCUAGGUCAUCCCCGUCCGCAGGAUGAAGAAGGUGUUCGCGAAGCGACGUGGAAAGAAGUCAUACACAAAGCUCGCUUAAAGCUCCGGCGUGUCCCUAUGGAUCAGGCGAUGAGUCCUCAGUCUCAAUCGUGGGCCCACCAACUGCCGGCAGAAGCGAGAGUCGAUGAGUUCGCCUACCAAAUGCUGGUCAUCGAGGAUCUAGAUGAUGAUCGCGUCCAUACAUUCGACGAGAACGAGCCCCAACCCCACACGUAUGAAGGAGUCGACGUUGCAGGAAUACGGGAUAUUAUACCAAUUCACCAAAUCUCAAAGAUAUUUUACGCCGACACUAGCAGGAUUCUCAACAUCAGCACAGACGGCGAAACCAACAAUCCAGUCCUACUUCUCAAGCGGGAUAUUGACGCCAUACCUCCGCGUCGCAUGAUGGAACGAGAGGCCGAUCUUGCUGCUGCCGACGGAUCAGACUUCGGGGAGGUAGAUGAAAUACAAGCACAGCUAGAUGCCCAGCUAAUUGGAGUUGAUCAAGCCAACCCGAACUCUAGCUUCCAUGAGAGCUCAAUCCCCAAGGAGUGGCGGCUCCCAGAAAACCUAGAUCCAGAAUGGAUAGCCCUCGAGGUCUAUAAUGAAAACGAAAUUUCAGACACCGAGUCAGACAGCGAAGCGCACAAGUCACCAGACCCCGAAAAGAUGGCCAAGCUCUCCAUAAAUGCGGACGCUCACCCCCCUAGCCCUCAUCCUACAUCCUCACCACAACCACAAAACUCUCAACCCACUACAACAGUCUCGAACCCGCUUUUCAAUAACAUUCGCACAUCCCUCUCCCUACUUGAAACCCUCCUCCGCCUAAUGUCCCUCCAGCAGUUCCAACAGCAAUCACAUCUCGCAAUCAGCGAUGAACUACUCAACUUCUUCCUGGAAGAGUCCUCAACCACCGGCGCCGGCGGCGACGAACAACAUCGGCAACGCCUCCGCGCUGACGCUCGGCGACGGGUAGGCUGGGAUCCGUACGACGAAAGUCCCGUCAAGCGACGUGGCGAGGACUAUCAAUUCAGUGGGGAGCCCGAUGAGGCCCAAGGCUUACCAAUAGGAUAUGUCCGGGGCUCGAGCGAAGUACCACAUACGCCAAUUGAAAGAGCUCGCGGGUAUCAUAUUCGCUCGAGGGAGAAUACGCCAAGGACCCCGCUAUAUACCCGCGGCUCUGGCUCGAAGCAGGAUAAGACAAGGCGGGAUAGUACGAUGCGAAGUUCUCCAGUGUCUUACGAGGAGAAACCAUGCAGGGAAGGGUCACCUCUUUCAAAAUAA